GGCAAAGUUCUGGUUGUAGAUGAGAGUAUGGUCCCAUUUCAAGGGAGACUGCUCUUCAAACAAUAUAUUCCAAAUAAGACACACAAGUAUGGAGUAAAAGUAUUCAAACUUUGUAACACAAUAGGUUACACAUUGCAGAUGUCGAUCUAUGCUGGAAAAAAUUUAGAGCCAUCAUCUGUAGGGGUAGCAGAAAGAGUUGUCAUGCAACUUGCAGACAAAUAUUUGGAUAAAGGACGUAUUCUAGUAACAGACAAUUUUUACACAUCCAUCCCUCUAGCUACUUCGUUGUUAGAGAAAAAUACUCAUUUGAUAGGAACAUUGCGCAAAAAUAGGAGAGACUUACCUAAAGAUACAAUGAUCAAAAAAGUAUUCUUUUUGAGCACAAUGCAUGAUCUAGGUAUGGUAGAUACGGGAAAAGUCAAUAAGAAUAGGGAAAAAGUUUUCAAGCCAGCUGUAAUUAUGGAGUAUAAUACAGGGAAACAGGGAAUUGAUCUUUCAGAUCAGAUGGCCAGCUAUUUUAGUCCAUUACGGAGAACAAUAAAGUGGUAUCACAAGUUGGCCUUCGAAAUUUUAUUGAAUACGGCCGUAGUAAACUCAUGGAUAAUAUUCAAUAAAUUAUCUGGGAAAAAAGUGCAAAUGAUUGAUUACAGGGAGCAAUUGAUAAUGAACAUGUUAGGUGUAGAGAAGAAAUAUGAAACUCCUCCCAGAAAAGAUAGGUCAGUCAAUCCCAUUCCAGAACACUCUUUGGAGGAGACACAGGAUAGGGAUGCCCGAAAUAGACACAUAAGGAGAAGAUGCUCCUCAUGCUACUUGGAUGCAUCCACAUUGCAAGGACGGCAAUAUGCACAGAAGAAUGUGAAACUAGUGAAAACUAUGUGUAAUGAAUGUAAGAAGUUUAUGUGUUUGAGUUGCUUUGCAAAGCAUAUCCAAACUUUGAACAAAAAGAAAUGAAUGUAUUUAUGCAAUAUAGAAAUCAUCCAGUAUCAGGUAAAGACACUAUUCUUAUUCUAUUAUUCCCACAUUACAUGAGAUUCAGUAUAUUUUUAUUAUUAUUUGUAUUUAUAUUUUUAUC